UCCCCUCCCCUUCUUUUUUUUUUUUUAUGCUUCAUUCACUGAUCCAAGAUUAUUGAUUUUGUGUUUGAUGAAUCUUAUCUUGAUUGCCCACUUGCAUCUUAUGUGUUCAACUCCCUUUUCCUGAGAUCCUUAUUGCUUCGGUUCUUAUUUUUAUUAUUAUUUUCAUCUUUUUAUGCAUUUUUAUGCUUCUUUUGAUCCAACCAGUUAAUUAUUGAUUGAAUGAUUAUGUAAACGUAUACACGAUGUAUUGGGGAACAGAUGUGGUUGGGGAAUAUGAGGAGAUUUCUCUAGACAAGUUUGGGGUCUCAUUGGAUUUUAUUUUAUUACAGCCAAUUGUUGGUGCAACCUGUAGAACGAUGAUUAAGCUUUUUAAAGUGAAGGAAAAGCAGAGAGAGAUUGCAGCUAAUGCCAAUGGAGUACCUCCUGUCAAGAAGCAAAGUGCUGGAGAAUUGCGUCUUCAAAAAGAUAUCAGUGAAUUGAACCUACCAAAAACGUGUAAUAUAUCAUUUCCUAAUGGCAAGGAUGACUUGAUGAACUUUGAGGUCACUAUUCAUCCUGAUGAAGGAUAUUAUCUAGGCGGUACGUUUCUCUUCUCUUUCCAAGUUUCCCCUGUCUACCCUCACGAGCCACCAAAAGUGAAGUGCAAGACCAAGGUGUAUCAUCCUAAUAUUGACUUGGAAGGAAAUGUUUGUCUCAAUAUUUUAAGAGAGGACUGGAAGCCCGUUCUGAAUAUCAACACUAUAAUAUACGGAUUGUUUCAUCUUUUCACGCAACCAAAUCAUGAAGACCCCCUGAACCACGAUGCUGCAGCUGUUUUAAGGGAUAACCCGAAGAUGUUUGAAUUCAACGUGAGAAGAGCCAUGGCUGGGGGUUAUGUGGGACAAACUUACUUCACACGUUGCAUGUAAGAUUCUACAUGAAUUGUAAAGCAACUGAUACAUUAUUUGAAGCAUGGGCUCUGCGAGGUCGUUGAACUUCUCUGGUAUGUUAAUGUCUAAUGUGUUGAGGACUGUCUGAUCACCGACGCAACACAAAGUCCUUUGUGAUGGAGGUAGAACUUUGUUGUGUGUUUGAAGUAUUGGUUUCAAAUGGACGUUGGGACUGGUAACUGAAACUCUUAUCUGUGUAUGUAUUUUCCUCUAAUUUAUCUUGAAAAGACAGGUCGCUCUUUUGCUAUCAGUUGAAAGUACAAGGUAUGUUUUUGGAGCCUCCCUUCUUUUCUUUUAUCAGAGUCUAUUACCUACUAUGGAUGUAAAUUUACUGAAUUGUUGGAUCACAAUGAUUUAUUUCCUUUUAUAUAUUUCAACUUUGUAAAAUUCUCUGUUAGUUUCACAUUUUGUUAUCAUCACAAGAUUGGAAAGUUCAAUCA